AUGACUUUGUUUGCUUCAGAUUUGUGGAAGACCAAUUGGAGAGCUGCCAUAGUCAAGCUGAGAGAAGAGUGCGGAAUCCGAGAUGUGUGCGAACUGGGUGUAAGUACCCUGCCAGUAACCCAUGCUUGGGAUAAGUACGUCGUCGUUCCUCAUUAUCCCGAGGUAAAAGAAGCGAAUCUUGGCUUGGAUGCCUCUGACGAAGAGGAGAAUGUGAAGCCGACUGGUCGCUCAUAUAUUGACGACAGCGACAGCAUUUCUAACGACUCUUUUGUCGUGGGUAGUGACGAAGAAGAUGAAGAGGAAGGAAGCGAAGAUGAAAUAGAUGAAUGUGAUCGGAUGCUGGAACAAGAAACUAUACGACGACAUGAGAGAUAUCUGAGAAGGAGAGCUAGAGAACCGUCCACAUCUUCCGAAGAACCUGUUGAAGAACAACAAGAUGAUGAAGACGGCAGCGAUGUAGAAUGGGCGACAGAUUACGAGGAUGAAGAAGAAGACAGAGAUCAGCAUAAUAAUCCAUUUGUGGACGGUGAAGCUGAAGAGGUUGAACCUGGAAUGGAGUCAGGCGAUCAAAGCGAUACGGAACCAGAAGGCGACGAUUUAAUCGACAGUGAUGAUCAGGAAUAUCUUGAAAUGCUUGUAGGUUUUUGAGG